AUGACUUGGUUCCAAGAGGCGGCAGACGCAUCGAAGAAAAGAGCGCGCACGAACAGUGAGAAGCGGGCCGCCGACAAACGUGCGAAGCGGGUGGAGGCGAUCGCGAACAACCCUGCUGCACCGGAGCGAGAGGAGGGCAUCGAGAGGGACCGUGCGGUCGUCAGCCUGGCCCAACGGAGGCGGGCACAUGCCAACGUCGCGGAGGGGGCAGGCAGGAAUAUCGACAGUCGGGGAGCCAUGGCCACGAGAACCCCCAAGAAAGAUGCCCAGGUACCAGUUCAUGACCGGAUCAAAGAGUUCCCGAACCAAACCUUCUACAUGAUCAACACUGGGAAGAUGGGCUGCCGUGCGUGCUUCGGCAAGGAAGUCAGCCUGCACAGUUACCGGGUGAAGGACCACAUCAAGGGGAAGAAGCACCAGAAAAGGGUGGCGAUAAUGCUGGCGACAGAUGAGGAGGAUAAAGUGAGCUUGCUUGUAGUGGGGACGCUCCGCGCUUUCGCUAAGCGCUCCGAGGAGGAUGGAGGGAGUUACGGAGACACGCUGUCCGACAAGGACAAGCUCACACAGAUCAAGGCGGUGAAAGGUUGUUUGGCGGCAGCUAUUCCGCUAAACGCGCUGGGCAACCCUGUGUUCGGGGCGUUCCUCGCGCACUUCAACGUGAAUUUGCCUCACUCCGGGCAUCUGGCUAAGCACAUACCAUUGAUCCUCGAGGAGGAGGUGCGAGGUGAGAUUGGCGACCGACCCUACGCGCUGUGCUUCGACGCCACUCCUUACCUCUGCGAGUGCUUCGGGGUUGGGGUUCGGUUCAUCGGCUCAAGUGGGCAGGUGGCACAGCGCGUUCUGCGGUUGAGCAUGCUGAAGAAGAGCAUGACGGCGAGCGACAUUGCUGGUGAGGUCAACCGCAUCGUCACCCAUGAGUACGGCCUCGACCCGGACAAGUGCCGAGCCAUCAUGGGUGACAGCUGCGCGGCAAACCUCCUAGCGAUGGACGCACUGGCGAAGUUGUUCAGAUACGCGAUCGUCAUCGGCUGCUUGUCCCACACGUUCAACAACAUCGGCAAGCAGCUGAGCAGCCUGGAUUUGGACGCGUUCCUUGGCAAAAUGCACACCCUGCUCUCGCACAGCGCUGGAGCGAAGGCGCUCUUCAAAGAGAAAGUCGGAGUCCGCGCCCCAUCGACGCCUGGGCACCGGUGGGGCUCCAGAUUCGAUCGGGACUACGUGAUCGCCAUGAACUGGCCUGGAGUGUUGGAGUUCAUCGCCGCCUACGAGAGCGGAGACACGGACAAGAGCAAGGCGGCCAAGUUCAUGAGGGACGAGCUUGUGCGAGUUCGCGACGACAACAAGACCCAGAGCUUACAUCUUCAGAUGCAGCUGGCUUUGAUGGUGGACGUCGGCCGUUCCGUGACUUCAGCAACUAUCGUCCUGGAGGGCGACGAACCAUUGGCGCACAAGACUUACAACAUCGUGGAGCGGUUCCGCAGCAAGCUCGAGCUGGCUGAAGACGGUGUUUUCUCAAACGACGUUUCCUUGCCCACCGUCUCUGCUCUUCUCGCUAAAUACAUCGGCCAAGGAGACGACCUGGACGCGCUGGACCCCCUUCGCCAGUACGCACACGACAAGAUCGGACGCCAUUCCCAAGCGAGGGACGCCAAGACCUUGGAGGUGUUCAAGGCCGCGAAGCUCACGGACUUCACGUUCAUGAAAGGCAGGAAGUACUCCGAUGACACCAUUCGCACCCUCAAGGUGCUCCCGUUCGUCAAGAAGAAGAUGGUCAGGGGGCUGUUGAAGGAGAAGGAAGACUUCUACAUGGCGGCCAGUGACACAGAAGCCGAGUACGGCCACAUGGCUUUCUGGAACGACAACAAGAAGAAGCUCCCUACGUGGCACGCCUUGGUGUUGGAUGUUGCUCUCUUGCAACCAUCCUCUGCGUUCAUGGAACGAGUGUUUUCCAUCCUGCGGUGUUGCUUUAAUGAGCGACAAGAGCACGUGUACAGCGACCGUAUUUGCGCUUCAGUACUGCUCAAGUACAACAGGGGCCGGGCCCAGAGUAGCUCAGCAGAGAUGGGGGGUGGCGCCGAAGAUGCCAACAACGGCGGCGGUAGCGACGAAGAAAGCGAUGACAGCAGCGAUGAAGACAGCGACUGA